AUGAACAAAGCGAAUUUCAUUCGUCGCGACAAGCAGCAUUCUGCGGUCACAAUGGCUGCCUAUUACACCUUUGGCAUCGUCCAUGAGCUAGCGCAUCUACUAGCUGCAGAAUCCGUAAAUUUGAUGGCUGCAACUCAAGGAGAACCUGUGAAUCAAACUGGCAACAUUUGCUGGGAUAACCUUUUCUCCAUUUUCAUUGACCGACAAGUUCACAUUCACAUUCAUAUUCACACCGACGACGUCGACAUGACUAGGCAUCAAGAAAUGUUCGUCCGACAUACCGGAUGGAUUGUCAGUCUUCUACUUGCUUACUUCGUCUGCCGUCGAUUUGGAACAUCUUCGGCUAUCAGUAUGGCAGCUAUCAUUACCGCCGUUGAAGGUCUCUUGACUGACCUCUGCGGUUUCGGUCAAUUGCUUCCAUUUGGAAAUUCCAACACAAACACACUUUCAGGAACAACAUUUUUCUGUGGUAAUUUUGGUGUUCUCUUGUUGCACCAUUGGUGGCUGACCAACAAAGGAAAGAAAUCCGCCCUAGACUGUCUCGAGCAAAUGGUCAGUAUCACCAUGAUGCGAGGUGCGCAGUCGGGAGGAGUCGUCACGUAUGUUCCUAACGGAAAGAACAACAUGAAGGCCAUCCGUACAAGAGUCGUCAAUGGUAAACGAACGGACCUAUCCAAACAAGUGCGAAGCGAAGUACAAAAAACUUUCAAACCAAGACCUGGAACAGAUGCUGUUCUUCUCGCUGGUCAUACCCGAUUCGCUACUUCGUCAAAGGCCAGUCUUUCUGGAACACAUCCCCAUCGGUGGUCUCCUGGUAGCUGGAAACGAGUGUACAACUGGUCGACAAAUCGAGUGGAAAAGACAUGGGUGGAGAACUUUAUUACUCACAAUGGAGACUUUGACUUUUUGGCAAUCCGAGGUCAGACGUAUGAUUUGGAAGCGAUCCAACGUUGGCUUAGCGUGACGACCGGAACACCAACACCAGCAGUGGUCGACUCUUGUGCCGUUGCAGGUAUCUUGGAUCUAUUGAGAGCGAAAGGAUGUUUUGCUUUGUCGAUUCGAUAUGCCAUUUGUUUCGGUAAUUUCGAAAAGGGGACGAAUUCCAAAAUGGCCCAGAUUCUUUCUGGGAGUACAUCUGACCCGAAUGACUUUCCGAUUUAUAGUGAUCUGGAGAAGAUUGGUACGAUCUUUGAAAAGGUCCUUGACGACCUUUUAGCAAAGCCAGAGCUCGAGGCACGUGGUGGGAAGAAGUGUCAGUCCUUGGCAGAUAUUGAAGACAGUGUGACAGCUCGUACGAUGCUUGCUGGAAAGAUCUGCCGAUCUAUUGGUACUCGUAGCAUGAGUGCCAUGAAGCCUAUUGCCAGCUUUGUAGACCUAUUGCAAACCGAAUAUGAAGUGAACGAUGCUGACGAGGAGGCACUCGAUUAUACAAGCUCCCGUCUUUUUGCCUUCUGCAUGAUGACGGUGAAUGCCUUCUUCGACAACGACCUCUUCCAAAGUACAAAGCUAUUCUUGGAAAAUGCCAAAGGGUCUUUCGGUCUUUCCACAUCCAGCACCCUUGAUGCUGAUCAUCAAAUUUGCUUUGCGGCUCGUGGUCAGACUCUAUCAGUUUCGUUCUAUCCCAGCAAGGGCAUUGUUUGCUUUGGUUCCGAACAAGCCGCCACUAAAGCAGGAAUGAAUGCCAUUUUUGGUGGAAGCGACAUGAAAGAACAUGGCGAGUGGCAUCGACUUGAUCUUGAUGACCUGGGAGGUGAGAUCGCCGUCCUCGAUUGGGGAUCGUCCAAGUCAGCAGUGUCCAAGCCCAACCGUCAUUUGGAAUCUCACAGCAUGAUGGGUGGGAAACUUCGACUGGUACUGCACCAAGAAUCAAAGAGUUUGUCCACGGAUGGUGAAAUUUAUCACAGAAUGACCCAACUCUCCGACAACGUGCUGAUCAAGGCUCCUCAGAGCUCAAAGAGUGGAGGCUCAAAACCAGACCUGGUCCUUUCAGAUAUCGAAUCGAUUCCGGGCGUCAUCAAGAAUAUUCAAGACUCUUGGCACUCAUCUAACGCUAGCAUUAGCAUGAACCGACUCACAGCACACACUUUUUCUUCUUGUUUGAGGGAAAGAUUGAGGGAGCAUGUGAAGGGUAAUGUGGCUCCAAAGGCUGUCGAUAUUCUUCUGACAGGAUGUGAGGUAUCAUUGUGGCUUGCAGAACAGUUUGCUGCCGACCUGCAAAAGUGCUUUCCAAAGCUCAACAUUGAAGCCAUCAGUAGUAACAAGCUGCUGGGACUUUUUGGACAAGAUCUUUCGAUUCCAGCAACAGGAUUCAAGUAUUCAGCAAAGACAACCAACUUGAACGACUCUAUCGUAAUAAUUGUGAGCCACAGUGGUGGUACAUUUGCUCCAUUGGCAUGCUCCAAUCUCUUGCAGAGUGCUACGCAAAACAUUUUUGUGGUGACAUCCGAAUGGGAUACUCAGAUUGGAAAGCAGCUUCGUGCGAUGGACGCAGACGAUAACGACCAUGCUACAUGCCGAAUCUUUUCGACAGAGAUUGGCGUUAGACCUGCAGAACCAUGCUCGGUUUCGGUUGCAGGCACACAUCAGCUCUUGACAAGUUUGCUCCAGUACAUCAGCGUUGUGAUUUUGAGUGAUCCAACCUUUCUCCGUGUGACUGGCGCCGUCAUUACGGAACAAGACAUCAAGAUACUGGAACGAUGCAGCCAUAUGAACGUUGAAGCUUUGAGUGAAAUUACAGGAUCAAGCUCAUUCGGUUAUGCUUUGGACAGAAAGACAAAAAUACAGAACCAUCUUCACUCCGCAGGUGACUUGUGGGCAGAACACAUUUUGGAAAACGCAAGAGCUUACAUUAUGAGUUUUGUCUACGUAUUUGUCACUGUAACGGCUGGCUACCCUUUGUUAUCGUUCGUCGCUGGGAUGGCUGGUCUCGAUAUGGGCAAUAGUCCAUGGGCGUAUGCAGUUCGAUUUUUGGAUGCUGCGCUGUACUUCUGGCUACCACAGAUCAAUAUUAUCUUGAUUCGCUUGAUUCAAGGACGGGAAUUGAAGCAUAGAAUGGUUGGAAGAACUGUUGUUAUUGGCGAUAUCCCAUGGGUCGCCCAAUCUGCAGAAGCUUUCCUCAGUAAGAUCUUUGCCGUUUCGUACAGUAUUGCCGGUGUGAACGUCUUGAGUGGCAACCCUUGUGAUCACUUGGUUCAUCGCCACACUCACCGAGUCGUUCGAGGGGCGCUUGCAAUCUUUGGAAGGCCAGAUGGUCGUCUAUCAGCUCUCUCGACAGCAGAAGCAUCCGUUUGUUUGUCUGUGAACCAGGCUAGUAGCAUUCAAAGUCUCGGAGGAACUUGCGAGAGUAUCACGAUCGGUCAUAACCCUUUCAAAUUGGAUCUAUCAAAGAAUGGCAUAUUCUUGAAGCGACACCGGCCGCUGUUCCUCUGCGAACGCUUGUUGAUCGAGAGUGAUGCUGAUCAAGAGAAAUUGGCAGCGUCGCAAAGACUUGGGCCAAUUCCAGAAAGCACAUCGAAAUGGAGGAUCUCCAUUGUCAGUGAAAUUAAAAAGGUCUUCUUACGCCGGCGCCAUGAAGACACUGUGGGCCGCUCGAUCCAUUCCAUUCUCGAUUGCAGUAUUUCCGUUAAAAGACCACAUCGUCGAUCAGCCCCUGCAUUGCUUGGAGCAUACUUGAACAUCGAAGAAAACGAGUUUUUCAGUGCAGACAGCGAAGAUAAGUCAGAGGAUGGCAAUGAAGAAGACAAGAUUACUGUGGCUGACGUUGUGGCUGAAGAAAUAUCAAGUCACAAAUGGUCCUCUGAAGUCCGACGUAUCUUUGAAACCUUGGAUGACAAUAGUGACGGCAUCUUGAGUCGAGCUGAGUUCAUUCGUGGAUCAAUCAAACUCAACCCGAAGCUCUCAGAAGAAGAGGCAGAGCUAAUGUUCCGGGAGGCAGAUCGAGACUCCAGUGGAAAUAUCAGUAUUGACGAAUUCACGCAGUUCAUUGCCGGAACUGAAUCUGGGUUGACAUUGAAGGCACCAGCAAGUCAUCGUGAUCACCGGGGUAUAAUUCAAGUUGAAAUGUCCAACGAAAAAUUCUUUGGCGAAGAUAUCCGGAGGUUGAAUGCUGCAAGAGACAAGAAGGAUGUCGACUUUGUGCUUGCCCGAAGCCAGCACCUCUGCCAGGAGUUGUAUGAAAGUCGAGUUGCGUCCCUUCAACGAUUUGUCUCCAUGACUGUCAUGUUCCAUCACAUGGGACGACGAGUUGAAAACUUCUUUUCCAACAUCAGUUUUGGACUUUUGGGGUACCGAAUUGAUCGUACGCACAGCAUCAUGCGCAUUGCAACCACUGCAUCUCCCGUCAGUGGAUCUGAUGUUCGUCACCGCAUGGAGCACAUGCGUUUGGUGAAGAAGGUGAAGCGUUCGUUGGAUGUGAUUUCUUCAGCUUGGCUGCGAUAUCGCAAGCAAAAGAACGAUUUGUCGACCUCCAUCCGUCAAUCUUGA